UCGGUAUACAUUGAUUAAGCUGGGAAGUAGAUGCUGCCGGGCAUACGAAACGAAAAAAAAAAACACCCAAAAUCGAGCAAACCAGGAAAUAGAAUCACUGAGGAAUUGCAGUGGUUGGAGGUGAUCUCGCGAGAGGACUUCUCCCACGGUUGAAACAGGAGACACACCUUGACUUGAACUUGGCCGAUUCUCUAACGGGGGAAUUUUAAAUGAUCAUGGGCAGUGCUGUGUGUAAUUUUCGUGCAGUUGGCUUCUUCUUGGCAGUCAUCUGCUUGCCGGGUUCCUCACAAGCCUACAACAUGUUAUUUAUGUCAUUGUUGGGUGGGCCAGGAAGUCAUUUUUACACCGGCACCAUCAUUGCCGAGACCCUGGUGCAGCGGGGACACAGGGUUACCUUUGUCAUCAGUGAUGUGUUUGGCUAUCAAGCAAACAGCAGCCUGGCUAAACUCUUCGAUUUCGAGGUGUACCCUUCAACGAUCCCCCGGAGCCAAAUGCGGGAAAACCUAGCCGCCCUCGGCUCCUCGAGUCUGAGGGGCGAGAGGAGUUCCUCUUGGGACUGGCUGAAAAUGUGGGUAUACGGCGGGACCAAAGGUGCCAGCACGGGCCCUGCCAUCGGUGUUAACACCUUCUUUGCCGGUGAGUGCGACUCUGCUCUCUCCGAUUCGGCCAUGAUGGAUCGUCUUCGAGCCGCCCAGUUCGACAUCGUCGUCGGGGACGUCCUUUACCCUUGUUUCAUCCUAAUCGCGCAGAAGCUUAACCUACGGUACGUAAAUGUAAUGAACGGAGUCAUCAUGCCGAUGGCGCAUAGCCGGCUGGCGGGCAUGCCGAACAACCCAGCCUUCUUACCGGGGGCUAUGACGACGUUAACGGACAAUAUGAACGUCCUACAGCGCUGCCUCAAUGUCUUUGCGUAUGCUGUGAACGCCUUCCUUUACGACACCUUUUAUCUGGGACCCUUCGAUCGUCUCAAGACGAAGCACGGGAUUCAAUCGGAGAUGAGCAUGUACGAGUCGUUGGGCCGGGCCGAGGUCUGGCUGAUGAACACUGACUUCACCACUGAUUACCCUCGCUCGCUGACACCUAACGUCGUACUUGUUGGCGGCCUCACAACAACACCAGCUAAGCCACUGGAUAAGGAUCUGGAGAGUUUCAUGGACGGAUCUGGCGAGCACGGUGUUAUUCUGUUCACCCUGAGUUCCCACUUCAGCUCCCUGGAUGCCAACCGAUCCAAUGAGCUGGCUGCAGUUUUUGCUCGGCUUCCCCAGAGGGUGGUGUGGAAGUACGAGGGGGAACCUCCUGCCUCCUUAGGCAACAACUCCAAAUUGGUCAACUGGCUGCCACUCAAUGAUUUACUCGGACAUCCCAAGACGAGAGCUCUGAUCAGUCACUGCGGCCUGAAUGGGGUCUACGAGGCCAUCUAUCACGGAGUGCCUGUUAUUGGGAUACCGCUCCUGGGCGACCAGUUCGACAUUAUCGCUAGGAUUCAGCCUCGGGGCUUCGCCAAACAAGUCGACAUCAACACAUUGACGGGAGACAUAUUCUAUGAGGCCAUCGUUGAAGUUUUGCAGGACAAACGAUACAAGGAGAGCGCACUAAAGUGGUCCCGAAUCUUCCAUGACCAGCCCAACACUCCCAGAGAACGAGCAGCCAACUGGGUGGAACUCGUCACUAAGUAUGGCGGCAGCUAUCUCCGGCCCAAGUCCCUGGAUCUGAAUUUUUUCCAACUGCACUCCAUCGAUGUCCUGGUGUUUCUUGGGGUGGUCGCAGUUCUGGCUGCAUAUAUAGCAUUUUACUUCACGAGGAUGAUAUGUCGUUUGAUUUGUUGUCGCAGCAAAGCCGGAAGAAAAAAAGAAAAAAACGAGUAGACCAAUCAUGAUCAGUUGUCUCUGUAUAAACAGUGUUCGUGGCAUCUUUAAAUGUAGACAAAACACACCGUUUCCUCAGCAAAAGCCAGACUCUUCUUUCUUUCUAAAGCUUCUUGUAAAAUUCGGUAAAACAAAAUUAAUUUUAGUAAAAUCAUGUAUAGAUUAUGUGUUUACAUUCAGGCAGUCUCUUGAAACUCUAUGGUAUAAGACACGUUGGCUAUUGUGAGACAUUAUAUUCUUUCAACGCUGUAAUAAGUUCGUGUGGCUCCACUCACAUUUGAUCUGCAAGAAAAGUGUAUGCUCCCAACUGCAUCUCCCUCGCCCAACAAGUGCAUGUAACUACAGCUGUUUUUUUUGGGGGGGGGGGCAGCAUAAACUAGGCCUAUCGUGGUAACAAAAUGUGACGCUGUACCAUCGAAAAUAUACAAUUCUAGCAAGGUUAUGGUGAAAAAAAAUUGUUUUCAGAUCCCAGUUGCCCUUGAGAUGUCUGUUUGCAGGGCUGUAGAAUUCAAAAGAAAAUUUAACUGUAAUGUUCAGAACUCAAUGAACCUUGAAGGCCCUUAAAUUGAGCUUUAUUAUCAAUCAUGCACAGACUUAAUUUACUGACUUUUGGUUUUCAUAGUAUAAGUGACUAUCUUUUCUGAAGAAUCUCUGAACAAAUAUACCAUUGAGUCAAUGCCGAUAACAGCACAUGGUUCGAGCACAUGGACCACUUAGUUACAAAUUAGGUGUAACGCGAGCUACCACAGAAUUGCCCAAUGCAUGUAGGAUAUUAAUUGGAUGCAGGCCUAAUUGCUGGAUUAUAUUAAAUACAGAAAAAUAUCAGACAGCUUUAA